AGCUCUCCACGCCGCAGAGACAGCAUGGCGGACAGCAGGAGCGCCGAUGAGUCCCAGCAGGAGGAGAACAGCGAGAAGGAGGAGGAGGAGAGUCCGGGCCGAGAGGAGCUCAACCUGGAGGAGGUACUGCGGCUCGGAGGGACCCAGGCGGACUACAUCCUGCUGGCGGCCAUCGAUGACUCCACCGAGCUCGUUGAUGGAGGGAUGAAGGAAGCCAUUGACGACCUGGAGGAGGGAGAGCUCGAGGGAUUCAUCUCCAAACUGGGGAUCCGGGUCUACGCCGGGUUCCAAAGCGUCCCGGACCAGCCGGAGGAUGGCGCCGCUGCAGACCACAGUAAGGGAAAAAAGGCUGCAGAAGCGUCAGGUGUGGAUCAAGGGUCCAGCUCUCAGAGUAAAAAACAGAAGAAGAAGAAGGAAGAUGUUCUGGUUCCACUUGGGAAAACGCCGAAGCAGAACCCGGCCCAGUUUGAGUUCCAGCCGCGGCAGGUUCUGCUCAUCAAGCCAGGUGGGAAGUGGUUUGAGCUUGAGUACGCCUCGGAGGGCUCGGAUACGCCACAGGACGCGGCGGUGGUGUCCCUCUAUAAGACACUGGCGCAGCGACUGUUUGAGUCCGAGGUGGAGCUGUACCGCACCAAGAAGAACCUGCAGAGAGGAGCCAACUCCGCCUGGAUGAAGACGGUGGUCUCCUCCGGCGCGCUGGCCGACCGCAUGGCCGCCAUGACGCUGCUGGUGCAGGACGCGCCGGUGCACAUGCUGGAGCACGUGGAGACGCUGGUAUCCAUGGUGAAGAGGAAGGGCAGCCGACGGAUGGGCCUGAUGGCGCUGGACACGAUGCGGGAGCUGCUGCUGUCCGACCUGCUGCCCGAGCACCGGAAGCUCCGCCCCUUCGCCCAGCGCCCCUUUGCCCAGCUGGAGGAGCGGGCGAGCGGCAACCGCGAUGCCCGCGACCGCCGCCUCAUAAUUUGGUACUUCGAGCACCAGCUGAAGCAGCAGGUAGCCGAGUUCGUGGCGGCGCUGGACGAGGUGGGCCACGACACGGUGGCGGCCACCAAGGCCAAGGCGCUGGCCGCCGCCCACGAGCUGCUGAGCGCCCGGCCUGAGCAGGAGAGGGCGCUACUGGUCCAGGUGGUCAACAAGUUGGGCGACCCCGACUACAAGAUGGCAGCUAAGGCGGCGCAUCUGCUGGAGACACUGCUGCACAACCACCCCAACAUGAAGACGGUGGUUUGCUGUGAGGUGGAGCGCCUCAUGUUCCGGCCCAACGUCGGCGCCAAGGCGCAGUACUACGCCGUGUGCUUCCUCAGCCAGGUGAUGCUGAGCCACGACGAGGCCCCGCUGGCCGCCAAGCUCAUCGCCGUCUACUUCUCCUUCUUCGGCGCCUGCGUCAAGAAGAAGGACGUGGAGUCCAAGAUGCUGAGCGCUCUGCUGACCGGCGUCAACCGGGCGUAUCCCUACGCCAACGCUGGAGAUGAGAAGGUGCGCGAGCAGCUGGACACGCUGUUCCGGGUCGUCCACCUGGCUAAGUUCAACACGGCGGUGCAGGCGCUGAUGCUGCUGUUCCAGGUCCUGGACGCACAGCAGAGCGUGUCCGACCGAUUCUACGUGGCCCUGUACAGGAAGCUGCUGGACGGGCUGGCGGCGUCACCGCGGCAGAGCCUGUUUCUCAACCUGCUGUUCAAGGCGCUGAAGGCGGACGUGGCGCCGCGGCGCGUCAAGGCCUUCGCCAAGCGGCUGCUGCAGGUCGCCGCCCAGCAGGGUGCCUGCUUCGCCGCCGGGGCGCUCUUUCUCGUCUCCGAGGUGAUGAAGGCCAACCCGGGCCUGCGGAUGCUGCUGCAGCAGGGGGAGGACGGGGCGGAGGAAGAGGAGGAGUUUAAAGAUGUCUGUGAGGAGAGGCGCCAUGAUGAAGAGGAGGAGGAGGAGUCUUGGGCCAACAGACCGGACGGAGGCGCGCCGGAGCCAGCGACCCGGCCCACGGCAUCAUGGGUCCACCACCGGAACCUAGAAGGAGGGCGGAGCUCCCAGAACUACGACCCGGUCCACAGGAACCCGCUGUUCUGCGGGGCCGACCGAUCCCCGCUGUGGGAGCUGCACUGGCUGUCUCUGCACUUCCACCCAUCGGUGUCCCUGUUUGCCCGAACCGUCCUGCAGGGAGAACCGGUCCAGUACUCGGGCGACCCGCUCCAGGACUUCACGCUGAUCCGGUUCCUGGAUCGCUUUGUCUUCAGGAAUCCAAAGCAGCUCAGAGGAAAACAAAACACGAAUUCUGCGGCACUGAGGCCUAAGCAGCGGUUCCCGGUCGGCUCGCUGCCGGUGAACGGCGCCGAGUUCCUGUCCAGAGACGAGGGCCAGAUCCCCGUCGACCAGGUCUUCUUCCACCGAUUCUUCAAGAAACGUCAGCAGGAGAAGCAGAGCCGGCAGCCGCGACCCGACGGAGACAACGAGAGCGUGGAGAGCGUGGACGACGACGAGUUCGAGAAGGCACUCGAUUCCUUGGAGGCUGACUUCACCAACGUUCUGGACGGCGACCUGGACUUUGCAGGGAACGUCUGCAGUAAGAAAGGCAGGGACUCGGAGGACUCAGACUUGGAGGAUGACCUGGACGAUGAGGAAGUGUCUCUGGGCAGCAUGGAUGAGAAAGACUUUGGAGAGGACGAAGGGGGGACCUUCAUGGACCCUGAUGAUGAUGAUGAUGCUCCAGAGUUGGAGGACGGCGAGGAUGAAGACGUUCCUGAAGGUUCAGACGAGGAGGCGGAGCUUCCUGAUCCUCAGACCAGAAAGCGGAAGUCCUUCAAGGGGCCCGAUUUCUCCGGAUCUUUAGAGUCGGAGAAGGACAAGAAGAAACGAAGGAAAGACAGAGGCGUGUGCGCUUCAGCGGAGGAGUUUGGAUCACUGCUGGACGAAAACACCGACUGCAGGUUGGACAACAUCAGCCUGAACGCCAUGGCCAACAGCGACAGAGCAGGCCUGAAGCAGCUGAAGUGGGAAUCGCAGCGGGACGACUGGAUCCACGGCCGGGACUCCCAGACGCUGCGCCGCAGGAAGAGCUCCUUCAUUAGGAGGAAGAGGAAGGGCCGCGGGGCCUUCAGGAGGAACAGGAAGUAGUUCAGUCCCGUUUGGCCGCCCAGGCUUCCUGGUCCCGCUCCCGGAUCCCAUAGAUCCCGGCCCACUCGUUGGACUGGUAGUAAACUGGGAGGACAGGAGAGACCGUCAAAGACUGUUCUUUAUUAAACUAUUUUCAUUUAUUAGAGCUUCACACAAACAUUUUCUUUUGUUAAUAAACUAUAGAAUGUU